AUGGCUUCAUCGGCGGAGUCAAGAUUUGCUCUCAUCCGUGACAAUCUCGGCGAGAUUCUCAACCCGGAGUUGAUUGAGAGCAUCCUCGCGGAGGGGCGCAAUCCCCGUGUCUACUGGGGCACUGCUACCACUGGCCGGCCCCAUUCCGGUUACUUCGUCGCCGCAAUCAAGAUCGCCCAGCUCCUCGCGGCAGGAUGUGAGGUGGUCAUUCUCCUUGCCGACGUCCACGCCUUUCUGGAUUCACUGAAGGCGCCUCUCGAACUGGUUGAGAACCGUGUCAAAUACUACGAAAGGGUCAUCAGGGCUAUUCUGGAAGCCGUGGGCGUGUCGACUGAGAAGCUCGAGUUCGUGCUCGGAAGUUCCUACCAGCGGAGUACCGACUAUGUUAUGGACGUCUACCGGCUUGCUGCUCUAACCUCUGAGCAUGAUUGUCGGAAGGCAGGUGCGGAGAUUGUGAAGCAAUCUGCCAAUGCCCCAAUGAGCGGUCUUCUUUACCCGAUCCUUCAGGUCCUCGAUGAGGAAUAUCUCAAGGUCGAUGCUGAAUUAGGAGGGCUGGACCAGCGGAAGCUCUUCACCGGGACGUAA